AUGCCUGGAGACGUGAAGGAAAAGCCACCGGCAACAGACGCCUCAGCGGCCGCGGCAAUUGAGGAGGAUGAUGAGCCGGACGAGUGGGACAAGCGGAUAUUCAGCACAGGAUGCGCAGAUGAAAAUAUGAGGAUGACAGACUGCUACUAUGAGAAGAAGGAUUGGAGAGCAUGCACAAAGGAGGUAACUCCCAGACCGUCAUUUUCUGUACUGCACAACAUGUUUCCUUCUCGUAGAGCUUUUUCAGCGGCUUCUAGGCAGCUCGCCAGCCGAUCCUUCCGACCAAUCCAGCCGUCAGCCCGCCUCUACUCUGCAGAGACAGCUACGUCAACGACAGAACAAGCAGCUACAUCAACACCUCCCGCAAAAGCUUCCACUUCCACAUCAACAAACAGCAGUUCACCAAGAUAUGCCAAACCGGCGGCUAAAGCGGCAAAGCCGGCGAUGGCGGCCUCUAUAACAUACGAGGAUGUCGUCUAUCAGCCCAAGAGCAUUGUGUUUGAGGAUGCAAAGGAAGAGGAUGGCGAAGUACUGGAUGCAGCCACCGUGGACUGGACGAAGAGCUUCUACGGCAUUUCAGCGAAACCGGUAACAGAGAAGCAAUUCAAAUCCCUCUUGCAGCCGGUCGAGGAGAAGGACAUCGAGGUCAAGCCCGACGGCGUCAUCUAUCUGCCAGAGAUCAAGUACAGGAGGAGAUUAAACGAGGCCUUUGGUCCCAUGGGAUGGGGCUUGAUUCCCAAGGGAGAGGCAAUUGUUAGCGACACGAUUGUGACCCGGGAGUAUGCCCUCAUUGUGGGCGGCCGAUUUGUCUCACAAGCUCAGGGCGAAAACUCAUACUUCUCCCCCGAACAGCUACCCUCCGCCGUCGAAGGAUGCAAGUCCAAUGCCUUGAUGCGAUGCUGCAAGGACUUGGGCAUUGCCUCGGAACUGUGGGACCCUCACUUUGUACGAUGGUUCAAGAAGAACUACAUGGAGGAAGUGUGGGUUGAGCACGUCACAACCAAGAAGAAGCGAUUGCAAUGGUAUAGAAAGGGCGACGUCGACGUACAGUACCCUUACAAGGUCAGCAAAUAA